AGAGUGUUUACAAAACAGAUGCAAACGAUUGUCAUAUGAAGACAACUGUGAGGUAAGGAAGUAGUGGUGAUCUGCAGACACGACACCACACCAGAGACAAUGUCUGUCUGCGAGAACGUUCACGCAGUCGUCACAUCCCGCAAGAGGACGGCCAUCGAUGACCACAAACUCAUUAACCAGACCUCCGAUGAAGACGACGACAUCGAUGUGAUCGAGAAGUGUCUGACGGCCUCGAGUACAGCCAUUGCCGCACACGAUGACAGUCACCUUAGGAUCCACUCGUCGGACACGUCGUCGAGCGUACGGCCGUUGGAUUCAUUGGUCGGUUCGGAACCGUUGGCCACAAGAAGUCGCGAUCGGUUGCGACGGCGACUGAAGUACUUCUUUAUGUCCCCAAUCGACAAGUGGAGGGCAAAGGGACGGCUGCCCUAUAAACUGGGUCUUCAGGUCAUCAAAAUAGUGUUCGUAACCAUUCAACUCAUACUCUUCGGCUCAGAUAUGUCUGAUUACAUGACACUCGAGGCUAAUAUGGCCACAUCUCUGCGCAAACUAUUUCUGCCAAACUAUGAUACGCUGCGGGAAGUGAUGACAUACCCGCCCGCGGCCGGUCCCUACGCUCUCUAUGAGCGUCAGGAUCUGUUCGACGCCAUCGAUUACGCCAUCCAUAGGUUCGCCAACAUAUCUGACGUGAGUGUCGGCUCCUUUGGCUACCAAACGGCCAACACUUCAGUGCAACCCAUGUCUGUGCUCGACGUGUGCGUCAAGUAUUACGCGAAGGCAUCCCUUCGGCCCUCCGAUUACUACUAUUUCAUCGACAAUAAGAUCAAACGGAAGUGCUUUGCGGUCAACAAUACCCACAAUCCGGGCGAUGAGGCGUGGAAUCAGUUUAAGAUCGACGACUAUCUUAAGGCUGAGGGCUUUGAGAUGAAGAAGAAAUUCGAUGGUUUAGUGUCGGUGUCUGUGGGCAUACCGUUGCGCACGAUAUACCUGAACAGUCUGUCCACAUAUGACGCGCCCGAGUGCUACAAUCUGGACGUCAGUAUACUGUUCGACAACAGCCAACACUCGGGACAGAUGUUGAUGUCAUUGACGUCCACUAAUAGGCGCCACGAAUGCGACGGUAAUCUCAAGGAUCACGAGGAACAGACACAUAUUGAGCGACAGGUGCUCAACGUCGGGGUCAUUCUGUUGUGCGUUUUGUCCGGCUUUCUGUGCCUGCGAUCUAUAAUUCGCGGACAAAAACUGAAGUCAAAAACAGUUUUCUUUUUCCGCAAACACUUCGGUAAAGAUCUGUCGUUUGAAGGAGUGGGCAAUCUGUUGGUCUGGUGCGGACUCCUGAGAUAUUUGGGAUUUUUCCACAAAUACAAUGUCCUGAUCGUCACUCUGAAGCACGCGUUGCCUCACGUCUUGAGGUUCUUGUUGUGCGCUUUGAUUCUCUACAGUGGCUUCUGUUUCUGUGGUUGGGUAGUGUUGGGUCCCUAUCACUUCAAGUUCAGGACCAUUUCACGCACCUCUGAGUGUUUGUUUGCACUUAUGAAUGGGGACGACCUGUUCGCCACGUUUGCCAUAACCAACACUAAGUCAGCCCUUAUUUGGUGGUUCAGUCGGAUAUAUUUAUACGGAUUUAUCAUUUUAUUCAUUUAUGUCGUGUUGAGUCUAUUCAUAGCCAUUAUAAUGGACUCAUACGAGACAAUCAAAGACUACUAUCAGAAUGGCUUUCCAUUGACUGAUAUGCAGAAGUUUAUCGCUGAGUGUGAGGACAGUCUCGCCAGUUAUCUGGAAGAGCAGAGACACAGACCUACUCUAUGGCAGUCAUGUGUCAGAUAUUGGGAUAGUUUGAAGUCUUUUGUGUCUUCACUGACUCGUAGGAGAAGACAAUAAAUACUUUAUUUUUAUGAUUUGUAUUAUACUUAACUUAAACUCUUUCAAUAGAUUCUCUUACUUUAUAGUUCAUAGUUUAUCACAAAAUAGGAC